AAUGGUGUUGGGGCAAUUGUUUGCAAUCGCUUCCGGUUUAAGCAUCAUGACGCUAGCCGCCAUCGGUUUAAUCUACUACACGAAUCGGCAGCAGCAGGAGCAGCAGCCACACUACGCACGAAGUAAUGUCUCGAGCAGCACCAGAAAAACUCGAUGGAGUGGACAUGACGACGACAACGAAGACAUUUUUUGCACUAUCUGCCUGGAGAAAAUACUCUCCUCAAACUACUGGACGUUACCGUGUAAGCAUUCAUUCCACAUUGUAUGCAUAUCGAAGUGGCAGCGAAACAAGCAGGAAUGCCCAAAUUGUCGCGUCCCGUUCUCCUAACCUUCGACUUCGGGACUGCUUUAGCGGGACUUAUUACUCAUCAACCAUGGACAGUGUCCACUCCCUGAUAAUCGAAUGUAUAGGAAUGCUAGAAAUGUAAAGUUUGCGAGAACAUUAAGCAUAUCUAGCCGAUGAUCGAUGGAAAGACGGCGAAUACUGCUUUCAAUCUUCCGAUAGGUCGGCAAAAAUUGCCUUAUCCCACAUAGCAAUAACUUAUGUAAGAACUCUAGCAGAAGUGAAAAGAAAAAACCUGGAAAUAAGUAAACAAUCCUUCAUAUUAAGUUACAUGUGUAAGGAACAAACGGAACGGUGUUAUCACGCUUCACUCUCUCUAAACAGGGCACUAAGCUGCGAUUACUAGCCGUUCAAAUGAAAACAUCCGUCUGUGCGAUAAGAAGCAAUUGAAUAAAAACAAAUAGCUUCAACCUUAAGCCAUCGGAACAGGUGCGAAUUUUCU